UGGUAAGGUACCUAACCUAUAUACCUAAGGUUGGAACUCCGUAAUUCUGGUGUUGACCAUAGGUGAUCUGUCCAAAUUGAUGCUGACUUCUUUCUAUCCUCCCACCGCUUCUUCCUGACCCUUUCAGCACCCUGCUCUCAACAAGAAUACGGCCAUAUUAGCCGGCCUUCUUCCCUUUGUGUUCCCUCCUCUUCUCGUCGACACCACCAUCGACCCCGCCCCACUGCUCAAGCCAUGGCUUCCAAACGUCAAUACGACAUUGUUUUGCUCGGUGCGACGGGCUACACAGGCAAGUGGACUGCCGAACACAUCACCUCCUCCCUGCCUACCAAUAUCAAAUGGGCCGUCGCAGGCCGGAAUCAGUCCAAGUUGCAAGCCCUCGUUGAUGGACUCAAAUCCGUCAACGCGGACCGCCCCUCUCCCGCAAUCAUCACCAUUUCCAACCUCACCGCCGCAGAAUUGACCCCGUUGGCGAGAAGCACGCGUGUCAUCAUCAACACCGUGGGUCCGUACUACAAAUAUUCUACCCCUAUUGUCGAAGCCGCGGCUGAAAAUGGGACACACUAUAUCGACGCCACAGGCGAAAUUCCCUGGGUGCGAGAGAUCAUUCUCAAAUAUGAACAAACCGCAAAGAAGACUGGUGCAAUUCUCAUUCCAGAAAGUGGUCUUGAAUCGGCUCCAUCAGACCUGAUUGCGUACAUAGCAACGCGGUUGGUUCGAAAAGUAUGGGAUUGCGGUGUCAUGGACAUUGUCGCUUCUGUGCACGAGCUUAAGACGUCCGGAGCAAGUGGAGGCACGCUUGCCACUGGAUUGGGACUUGUCGACCACUAUCCUUCCAAAGUGAUCAAAGAAACCCUCAAAAAUUCCUUUUGCAUUUCCCCCAUGACUCUCAAGCCCUACACCAAAGAGAACAUUUACCCUCCAAACGCAGAACCGACCACGUAUGAGAGAACUGGACUUCAGAAAUUCACUGGAGUGUGGUCGUAUCCGCGAUUGGGUCAUUUGACGACCUCACUGACCGCUAAGCCCAACGAAGCCGUGGUUCAACGAUCUGCUGGUCUCAAUCCUUAUUUCUAUGGCUUCAACUUCACCUACGAGGAGUACAUGGCGGUUUCCUCGCCAAUCAUUGGCGUUCUCGUCCACCUUGCCGUGUCCAUUCUCAUGCUGCUGCUUGCCUUCCCACCCACCCGAGCCAUUCUCAAACUUUUUGCAAGUUACAAGCCGGGCGAAGGACCCAGCAAGGAAUCCAGCAAGAACGACGUGGUGGAACUCCGAGCCAUCGCAGUGGCGGAGCAGCUGUCCACGCCUCCACGGAAAGCCUUUGCUACUUUCCGCUUCGAGGGCGGCAUGUACGAGUUGACGGGCAAGUUGCUCGCAGAAGGCGCCAUGGUUCUCCUCACCAAGGAGGCGUCUAUCAAGAGCAAACACGGAAAUGGUGGCUUCCUUACCCCUUCGUCAUUGGGAGAUGACUACCUCGACAGACUAGACAAGGUUGGCGUUAAGAUCGACGUCAAGCAAAUCGGUGAUGUCGGAAGCAAGUAAACGCCUCAAACGAAUAGACCUGUGGUCAGAAAAUGCGGUCCCAUUUGGUACUUUGUAUUGUAAGGAUCAGUGGCUGAUGAGUAGAGCAAGGGCAUCCGUGGGGCUUUCGGUGGUGCGGUGGUGGAGAGAUGUUGGGUUUACGAAACAGACAGACCCAUUCCGAGGCAUCAGUGCAUCUAGAUGCGCUCUCUGGCAUUUGUUUCGAUCAGAGCCAAAAUGUUCCCGACAACUGUAUCACGCCUUCUAUAGUUGCUUUCGUAUUUUUUUUUUUAUUUAUGUCUGCAUCACUUAAUUUGAAAUUGACUUUAUCUCCUGUCGCUCCGCGG